AUGCCCUCGCGAAGGCCGCACAAGAAGACUCGCCAUGGCUGCAGCACGUGCAAGGCUCGCCGGGUACGCUGCGACGAGGAGAAGCCCGUGUGCCGCAACUGCAAGCGCGGCAAUCGCGAAUGCUCUUAUAGCCAGGUCUAUGGCCAGGUCUAUAGCCAGGCGCUCUCUCUGCCCCCGUUUCUUGCCUCGACACAUGCAGAGUCCCCGGAGCCAAUCUUCCCGAUGCGAGAUUUGGAGCUUCUGCACCAUUUCACCGCCUUCACCUGCGAGACGCUGGCUCCCAACGCCCACGAAGUCGAGCUCUGGCGCCGGCACGUUCCUCAGAUGGCCUUCUCCAACCGCUUCUUGCUGCACGGAAUUCUUGCGCUCGCAGCCCUUCAUAUCCGACAUGACCGUCCAGACCGAGAGAAGGAGAGCUUGAUGAGCAUCGCCCGGUAUCAUCAGCAGCAUGCUCUGACCCUUUACAUUCCACUGCUGCAGGACAUCAACCAGCAGAAUUGCGACGCCCUCUUCGCCUUCUCCCUCCUUCUCAGCUGUCUCUGCUACGCCAUGCUCCAGGGCAAUCACGACGACCCCCAAAACGUCGUCUGUCAGUUGAUCGAUGUCUUCGAUGCUCUCGUUGGCUGCACUGCCAUUGCCAUUGAAGGGAGAGAAUGGCUCUACGACGGCCGCUUUCGCUCCGUUCUUCUCCAAUUGAGUCCACAAGAGUCGGACUUCACCAGCCUCGACCACGACUUUAGGAGUGCCCUGGAAGCCUUGCGACGAUGUGUGGCCAUCUAUCUCCCGAACCCGUCGGACGAGGAUUCCAUCAUGCGUCACAGAGCGUAUCAAAAAGGAAUCUGGGCUUUGGCCGCGGUUAUGGCCAUGACACCGGGCAAGCGACAGCUGAGCAUCGUAUGUAGCUGGGCAGUGAUGGUAGAGGGUGACGUGGGUGACUUCAUUGCCCUCCUGAAACGACGCGAUCCGAUGGCUCUGCUCAUACUCGGACACUAUGCAGUUGCUGUCCAUCAGUUCGGGCGGCUGUGGUCCAUGGAAGGUCUCGGGCGACAGUUGGCGGAAGCCAUAUACCAGGAGCUGGACGAGCGCUGGCAGCCAUACCUAGUCUGGGCUCUAAACAAGGUGGGCGAACCGAUCAGCCAGCAGGAAACGCCUUCGGUGUGGGAGGACAGCCUGGAUACUUCGAUCGGGCCGCAAUACCCUUUGCUAUGA